AUCUCUAGCGGUCGAUUUCUUUCUCUCUAAAUAGUCAUAUAAACCCCUCCAAUUCAAACUAUUUGCAUUUGCUUUACCGCCUCCUCUCCUUCCAGUGAUGCUACAAACAAAAUCGCCAUUAGACGGCAGCCAUGAAACCCUCCGCCUUCAAAAUUCUCUGCGCCUCCUCCUCUUCUGCCGCCUCAAAAUCCUCCUCUCUUAUCAGCACUCCAUCAACUCCCUCCCCCUUCAACCAUUACAUUCCUCUUCUGCACAAGUCAUCAUCAAACAAAUCCUUGACACAAACCAAGCAGAUCCACCUCCAAAUGGUUGUUGCAAACUUCCCUUACAUUGCUCUUGGCAACAAACUUGUUGAUUCCUACCUAAAGUCCGGAGCUGUCGACAGUGCCCGUCAGUUGUUUGACGAAAUGCCUCACCCACAUAUAGUUUCUUGGAACUCUAUGAUAUCUUCGUACAUUCGUCACAAAAGAAACUCUGAUGCUAUAAAACUCUUCAAGAAGAUGGUUCCAAAGGGAAUAUCUCCCGAUGAAUUCACCUUCUCAUCGAUUUUUAAGGCCUAUGCCAAUCUGGGUCUCGUUGCAGAAGCCAGAGGGACCCACAGGCUUCUCAUAAUUUUGGGCUUGGAUGCCAAAAAUGCAUUUAUCGGUAGCUCUCUGGUUGAUAUGUACUCAAAAUUAGGGAGAUUGGGAGAUUCUCAAAAAGUUUAUGAUAGGAUAGAUGAUAAGGAUGUUGUUUGUUCAACGGCUUUAGUUGUGGGCUACUCUCAGAAUGGAAUGGAUAAUGAGGCCAUUGCGAUAUUUGGAGAUAUGGUCAAUUUGGGUGUGAAAGCAAAUGAUUUCACAUUUUCUAGUGUUUUGAUAUCUUGUGGGAACCUUGGAGAGUUGAAUGGAGGGAAAUCGAUUCAUGGCUUCAUGUUUAAAUCUGGAUUGUGCUCUAGGGUUGCUUCACAAACUUCACUUCUAAGUAUGUACUCAAAAUGUGGGCUUAUUGAUGAUUCUCUAAAGGUUUUUGAAGGGAUUGAUGAUCCAAAUAUCAUUACUUGGACUGCUAUGAUUGGAUGUUUAGUGUUCAAUCGUAGAGAAGAGCUUGCUCUCACAAUGCUUAGAAGAAUGAUUCAUGAUUCAAUGACCCCAAACAAAUUUACAUUGUCAAGUGCUUUGAGAGGGUGCUCAUCCCUUGCUUUAUUUGAACAAGGGAAAUUAAUUCAUGGCUUUGCUGUAAAGCAUGGGUUGGACAGAGAUAGAUUUGUGGGUGCUGCUCUAAUUGACACUUACGGAAAAUGUGGCCAUGUAUCGAUGGCCAAGUCUGUUUUUGAUUGCUUUCAAAAGUUUGAUUUGGUUCUAGUGAACUCGAUGAUCUAUGGUUAUGCUCAGAAUGGGAAUGCAAUUGAAGCUGUUAGAUUGUUCGAUCAAGUAUUGAGCUCAAAUCUAGGACCAAAUGAUGUUACAUAUACCAGUGUUCUAUCAGCUUGUAGCAAUGCUGGAUUAGUUGAAGAAGGCGAUCGCAUAUUUUCACUCAUUUCUAAGAAAUCUAAUGAUCACUAUGCUUGUAUGGUGGACUUACUUGGUAGGGCAGGAAAACUUGAGGAGGCUGAACAACUAAUAACACAAACCGAUAACCCUGAUAAAGUUCUUUGGAGAACUUUACUCGGUGCCUGCAAGAUUCAUGGCGAGCUCGAGAUGGCAAAAAAAGUAGCAAGAAGAAUACUUGAGCUUGAUCCAAGUGACGAGGGGACUCAUGUCCUGUUAUCUAACAUAUAUGCAUCUCUUGGUCAAUGGGAUGAAGUUAGGCUCGUGAAAUGUGCUAUGAAGGAGAUGAGGUUGAAGAAGGAGCCAGCAAUGACUUGGAUUGAGGUUGAUAAAAAGACGCAUACUUUUAUGGCCGGAGAUGAUUCUCAUCCGAUGGCACCAGAAAUCUUUAGAGAGUUAGAGAGGUUGAUUGAGAAAACUAAGGAGUUGGGUUAUGUUCCAGAUACUAGGUUUGUGUUGCAAGAAAUGGGAGCGAUUGAGAAGCAGAGGUCUUUGUUUUAUCAUAGUGAGAAGUUGGCAGUUGCCUUUGGGGUGUUAACAAGUUUGGAUAAGAGAAAUAAUUGUAUUAUGAUUUUCAAAAACCUUAGGGUUUGUGGUGAUUGUCAUAGUUGGAUUAAGUUGGUGUCUAGAGUUGUGGGGAAAGAAAUCAUUGCUAGAGAUGCCAAGAGGUUUCAUCAUUUUAAGAAUGGCUUAUGUUCUUGUCGAGAUUAUUGGUGAUAACAGAAAUAAACAAUUUUUUUUUCUCUCACUGGUUUCCAGGGGUUGAUCUAAAU